AAAAAGAUUGGAAGGCCAAGAUUACAGGACAGAAUUUGUCCUCCUGUAAAUGAGGUUUCUGAAAGAGGAGAAUCUACUCCUAUGGAAGGCAGAAAGAGGAAAAUGCCAGUUAGAAAGGGAACUACACAAUCUGGCCAGGGGCAAAUGUACAAGGAUAGAGCAAUGAUGUCAAGUGACAAAACAGUUCAUUGUAUGUCUUCAACUGGAGGGACUAGCCAAGUGACAAGAGAACCUGGAGGAGACAUUGCAGGAACACAAGAAAGUGUCGCCAAUGCAAUGUACUUAGAUAAGGAAUUAAAUUUGAAUUCAGUU